AUGGAGUAUGGCGGGUACAUGUAUGCCGGCGCUGCCCCUUUCCCUCCCAUCUACCAACGGACGGCCCAGGAGAAGAAGAAGGCCGCUGCCAUCAUCGCCGCUGCUGCUGCUGCUGCUGCUGCCGACGGCGACGAUCAACAGAACGGGGACCAGACCAGAGACCGAAACCGAGACAAGAAGCCUAGCAAGGCACCGCUCUUCCUGCGUCGAGCGCAUUCGGCGGGUAGGAAGGAGAAGGACCGGAAGCCCAGCCGCUUUCGACACACCCACACCCGGACGCACAGUGGCAGUUCCGGAUCUGUCAGUUCCUCACACGAGGCAGGCCUCAGCACAACCACGACUGCGCUGUCGCUGGUGACCUCAUCAUCAUCUUCCUCUCCGUCUCUCGACAAGCACAAGCACAACGACGACAACGACAACGACCACGACGCUGACGACGACAGCCAAGACACUGGUUCUCGCACUCCCAGGGCGCCCACCUCACCAGGUGCCAAGAGCGCGGCCCGCCAUCCUCGGUACCAUUUUGGGUUGCCAAAAGAUUUCGACAGCGUCGACCUAAAGGCCGCCAUCCCCCCACUUCCUCAACAUCGCGACCACGGCAGUGAACAGGACGCAUUCCGCGGGCGAAGCGGCACGCGCCGGACGACCCUUGACCGGCUUCAGGUCCCACGAAGUCGCAACCUCUUCUCGUCACAACAAACCCCCUCGUCUGCCACCUCGCCGCAUCAUGCCAGCAUGCUCACGGAUGGCGACCCUACGACACCCCACGCCUCGUCCUUUUCCCAAACCAAGUCGCCCUCGUCCUUCUCCAUCAUCCCUAUUAUGGACCACACGACAGCCGCUGCCGCAUUCCACGCCCACAACGCCCAGACACGCACCAUGAAUUCCUCCGCCAUGACCCUCGCCGGCAUGAACACGUCGAACCCCUCCCUCGACGGCACCAACACCACCGACACGCCGUCCGUCCGCGGGAGCACCAGCGCCGCUUCUGCUUCUGCUUCGGCGCAGAACCUCACCCGGCCCGCCUUCGCCCUGCGCAACUCCCGCACCUACCUUGCCGACACCACCCUGCCGUAUCCCUUGCCCGUCGACCUCGCCGAACUGCACCGCCAGUCCCUACGCACUCUCCUCUUGACCCAAGUCUUUGGCGGCCCCGUAUGCUCUCCAAUCUUUGCCGACAAGCCACCCACGCGUGUGCUGGAGAUUGCCUGUGGGCCCGCCUUCUGGUCGACCAUGUGUCACCGUUGGUUUGCCGCCCGCGGCCACACCAACAUUUCUUUUACCGGCAUUGACGUCGCGCCGAUCGCACCGACGGAGCGUCUGGAUCGAGACAUGCGAUGGCGUUUCGUCCAGCACGACCUCCGCAGCUUGCCCUGGCCUCUGCCCGACGGCCACUUUGACCUCGUCAUGGUCAAGGACACGUCCCUCGCCAUCCCCUCACAAUUACAACAGCCCGCCAUGGACGAAUACCUCCGCCUCCUGCGCCCCGGCGGCGUCCUCGAGAUUUGGGAGUCCGACCACCAAGUCCGCAUGCUCCGGCCGCACGCGCCAGUGCAGCACGCCGAAGCCGCCGAGGAGCCGUCAUCGUCAGAAGAAGAAGAAUCGACCGAAGAAGAGGAGGAGUCCUCCUCGUCCUCCGUCGCCGAAGAUGGCGCCGCCUCCUCAACCUCGCCCUCGACGCCGCUCGCCGCCUCCCUCGGCGCCUACCUCAUGACCGCCAACACACCGCUCUCAUCGCCGAUGAACCCGUACCUUGUCGAAUACAACACGUGGCUGCACCGGGCGCUCGGCCCACGCGGCCUAUCGCCGGUGCCGUGCACGCUCGUGGGGCCGUCGCUGCUGCAAGAGUCGGACGACCUCACCGAUGUGCGCAGCCGGCGGCUGGCGAUCCCGCUGGCCGAGGUGCGCUGGGAGCGCGAAGGGGUCGGCGGUGUCGUGACCAAGGACGGCAAGAGCUACGUGCGGCGGCGUGAGGGCGGCGGGCGGGCCAAGCGGCUGAGCGAGGGGCAGGCGGCGGUGCGGCGGACGGCCAUGCUGACGGUCGUGCAGUUUGUGCAGAGCCUCGAGCCCAUGCUGCGCGAGACGAGCGGCAAGAGCCGGGACGAGUGGGACCUGUGGAUGGGCCGCAUGGUCGGCGACCUCAUGGGCGGCGAUGGCGCCGGGUGCGGCGAGUGUCUGGAGGUUGGGGCGUGGUGGGCGAGGAAGAAGUAA